UCCCCAGGGUGAGGGAGCUCGGGGAGCCCAGCUCCCAGCAGGCUGCCCUUGUGCCACAGAGGUGAUGACACGGGUGGGACUGCGGUGCCCUGCCAGCUGAGCGAGCCAUCGGGGCUGCGGUCCUACACACCACACUCUUCUCUUCCCUGGCUCCUGCUUCCCUUCUGCAGCCUCCGCUGCCUCCUGGGCAGUCCUGCAGCACUGCCCCAGACCUGCUGCUGGAAAAAUGGCAGAAGGCCAGCCACACCUAAGUAUUCAGAUGUCAUACUCAAAUACAAAUGGUAUCCCCAGCAGAAACCAGUCCUCUCCAGACUCGGCCAGCAAGGGAGGAAGCGUACUAACUUUCCACAAUGUCUCCUACCAUGUGAAGAUGAAGACUGGGUUCCUGUGUUUUCAAAAAACAACCCAUAAAGAAGUUCUGAGAAAUGUCAAUGGCAUCAUGAGACCGGGACUAAAUGCAAUUUUGGGACCCACUGGCAGUGGUAAAUCCUCUUUACUUGACAUUUUGGCUGCAAGAAAGGAUCCUCAUGGGCUUUCUGGUGACAUUUUGAUCAAUGGAGUUCCUCAGCCUGCCAACUUUAAAUGUACCUCUGGAUACGUAGUACAGGAUGAUGUGGUGAUGGGAACCUUGACUGUAAGAGAAAAUCUGAAGUUCUCGGCAGCGCUCCGUUUGCCAAGGUCAGUGAAGGAACAGGAAAAAAAUGAAAGAGUGAAUCAGAUCAUCAAUGAACUGGGCUUGAGCAAAGUGGCAGAUUCCAAGGUUGGCACCCAGUUCACUCGUGGGGUGUCUGGAGGAGAGAGGAAGAGGACCAAUAUUGGAAUGGAGCUCAUCACGGAUCCUGCGAUCUUGUUUUUGGAUGAACCAACUACAGGGCUUGAUGCCAGCACUGCUAACGCUGUCCUACUGCUACUGAAAAGGAUGUCAAAACAAGGAAAAACAAUAAUCUUCUCCAUCCACCAGCCUCGGUACUCCAUAUUCCGACUGUUUGACAACCUGACACUGCUGGCUGCAGGGAGAGUGCUGUACCACGGGCCCGCUCAGAAUGCCAUCGAGUACUUCCAGUCUGUCGGCUACCAGUGUGAGCCGUACAACAACCCUGCUGACUUUUUCCUGGACAUCAUUAAUGGAGAUUCCACUGCGGUGGCAAUGAACAAGACUGAUGACGCUAACACAGUCUUCUCAGCAGAAGAACGUACUGAAUAUGAUACAACCUUGGCCGAGAAGUUAGCAGAAAGAUACUCCAACUCCACCUACUACCAAGAAACAAAAACAGCAUUAGAGAAUAUUUCUUUGGGAAAUACAAAGAAAACAAAAGCCAUUUUCCGACAAAUCACGUAUGCCAAUUCCUUCCUUCAUCAGCUGAAAUGGGUAUCCAGGCGCACAUUUAAAAAUCUGUUAGGAAACCCUCAAGCUUCCAUAGCUCAGUUGUGUGUUACGGCUUUACUGGGAUUGGUUGUAGGUGCUAUUUUCUUUGGACUUAAAGAGGACUCCACUGGACUACAGAACAGAGUGGGUGCAAUGUUCUUUCUGACCACCAACCAGUGUUUCAGCAGCAUUUCAGCUAUUGAACUUUUUGUUGUGGAAAAAAAGAUAUUUAUACAUGAAUAUAUCAGUGGGUACUACAGAACAUCUGUGUAUUUCAUCUCAAAGCUAAUGGCUGAUUUACUGCCCAUGAGGACUUUGCCAAGUAUCAUCUUCACCUGUAUAAUUUACUUCAUGUUAGGUUUGAAACCAACAAUAGAAGCCUUCUUUACAAUGAUGUUUACCCUUAUGAUGGUGUCCUACGCAGCCACUUCUAUGGCAUUAGCCAUUGCAGCAGGACAGAGCGUGGUCGCUGUGGCAAACCUGCUAAUGACUAUCACAUUUGUUUUUAUGAUUAUUUUCUCUGGGUUGCUGGUCAACCUCACAAGCAUCGUGUCCUGGCUCUCCUGGCUCCAAUACUUUAGCAUCCCUCGAUACGGAAUGACAGCUUUACAAAUCAAUGAAUUGGCUGGUCUGAACUUUUGCGGCAGCAGUAACAACACAAACUUAAUCAGCAACGAUAAUUAUCAACAGAUAAGUGAGAUGUUCUGUAGCGGUGAUGAAUACCUGAAAAAACAAGGCAUUGAUGCGAGUACCUGGGGCCUGUGGCAGAACCACCUGGCUCUCGCCUGCAUGACAGUAAUAUUCCUUACCAUUGCAUACCUGAAACUGCACUUCAUGAAGAAGUUCUCUUAAAGCCAGAAUAAAAAAUGCAAUUCCCACUGUUCAGUAGUUUGAUAAACUGACUGUACAGCUUUUCUUUCUUUUUCUCUUUUUUUAAGAGCUCUUCCUUUGUAUUUUUGUUUAUGAUUACACAAUCGAAUGCCAUCCUUGUAUAUUAAAUACUUAGUAUUUCUGUACUUUGCUGAAAUGUCUGGCAACCAUCAGUUCUCUUUGCCAUAAAAUGUAUACUACUGCUCACUUCAUCAAGAGACUAUUCAGUCUUUCUGCAUGUUGUAGCUAUGAAUUUGUUAAAUCACAAAACUAAUAUUUAAUGGCUUAACCUGAAAAAAAAAUAUGGUUCUAUACUUUAGCACCUACAUUCACUGGACAGUCCAAAGUGAUGUUUAUCAGGACACCAACGUAGUCUCAAGUGCUAAUGUGGUCACAGUCUACGUGAGACAACAACAAAAACAUCUUCUCCAUCUCAGUGCACGUCUCACACUCUUUUCUAUUUGGGAAUCAUUACUGCUCUGGAGUGUACUUGAUUGAUGCCACCAAGUUUUUUCUUAUGAAGUUGAAGUGGUAGAAACACUAUUUUUUAAAAAAAGGUGACUGUGUGCUUACUUAUUCUGCCAGUUUGCGUAAUCCUUGUACUGAAAUUUGCUUUUUCUCUGCAUAACUGCAAGACAUCUUCACUGACCUGUAAUUACUGCUGUUGUGAGUUCUUAGUCUUUUUUACAGUGACCAAAUUCAAAUGUGCAGCUAAUCAGGAUGGCACCACAUCUGUAAGAGCCCAUAGGUGGGCAGCAACCCUUUCCUGGCAGCCCAGCUUUUCCCCUUCCACGUGGUACAGAUGCAACAGUGAUUCCAGCAAGGACCUCUGCCCUUAUCACAUCCCGUUAU